GUCUGGCCUCAGCUGUUACCCGCUCAAACUCUUUUGGGAGUCUUUUCUGUCAUUCGUUGGAUCUUGUUGGCGGCUUACCUGGUGGGGUUGCCGGUUCCUGGCAAAUCUCAAUUCUAUCAGCAAAUUUCACCCGCCUUGAAAAGAGUCACCUUCGUCUCAUUCAUUACACUCUUUCUCUUCUUUUCUUUUUCGGUCUGGUACACAGAGUAACGCCAGUGUCGAAUUCGCUGGCCUUGGUAACACCCCCACCAUGGCUACUCCGGCGCAUCAGGACCAGUCGCAGCUGGUGGUUGACCCCAACACACUUCCUGUCGAAGCCGAACCGGUCAGAAGUCAGACUGAAUCGCACGAAGAUGCGAAACUCUUGAAGUCAAUGGGCUACAAGCCAGUCCUGCACAGAACAUACACUCUCGUUGAGAACUUUUCAACAACAUUCGCUGCGUUGUACUUUGUCGGAGGUGUGCGGGUCACAUUCAGCACCGGUAUCGCAGCAGGCGGCAACCUAGCUUACUGGACGAGUUACCUGGUGACCAUGGUCUUCACGUACAUCACUGCUGCGGUCAUUGCGGAAGUAUGUUCGGCCUCUCCGUCCGCAGGAUCCAUCUACCUCUGGGCCGCAGAGGCAGGAGGCCCUCGGUUCGGUAGACUACUGGGCUUCGUUGUUGCAUGGUGGAGUACCACUGCCUGGACGACGUUUUGCGCCAGCAACACUCAGGCUGCAGUGAACUACAUGCUUUCCGAGUUGACAGUUUUCAACGUCGACUUUCCGAAAGACACCUCCAGCGUCAAGUUCCGCGCCGUGCAGUGGAUCUGCACUGAGAUUCUCCUGGCGUUGGCGGCGCUCCUGAACUAUCUGCCGCCCCGUGCAUACAAAUGGGUCUUCUACUGCUCGUCCCUCAUCGUCCUGCUGGACUUCUUCCUCAACCUGAUCUGGCUGCCCAUCGGAGCCGCCAACACCUGGGGCUUCCGCACGGCGGAGGAGGCCUUCAUGUCCACGUACAACGGCACCGGCGCCCCUGCAGGCUGGAACUGGUGUCUGUCCUACCUCGCGACGGCCGGUAUCCUGAUCGGAUUCGACGCUUCUGGCCACGUCGCCGAGGAGACCAAGCACGCCUCCGUCACCGCCGCCCGCGGUAUCUUCUGGAGCACCGUGGUCAGCGGCAUUGGCGGGCUUGCAACGAUCAUCCUCUUCCUGUUCUGCGCGCCCGACCCGGACACGCUAUUCUCCUUCGGCUCACCCCAACCCUUCGUGCCGCUCUACGCCGUCGUACUCGGCAAAGGCGGCCACAUCUUCAUGAACAUAAUCUGCAUCGUCGCCCUGUGGCUGAACACAGCAAUCGCCAUCCUUGCCGCCUCACGCCUCGUCUUCGCCGUCGCGCGCGACGGCGUCCUCCCCUUCUCGCACUGGGUCUCGCAGGUCAAGAACGGCCAGCCGCGCAACGCGGUCAUCGUCGUCUGGGGCGUCGCGGCCCUGAUCUCGUGCACCCUGCUGCCGUCCGACGUGGCCUUCACCUCGCUCGUCUCGGCCGCGGGCGUCCCCAGCGCCGCCGCCUACGGCCUGAUCUGCCUGGGCCGGUUGCUGUGCACGCCCGACCGCUUCCCCAAGCCCGAGUGGAGCCUGGGCCGCCUCAGCAAGCCCUUCCAGUUCAUCGGCGUCUUUUGGAACGCCUGGGUCGUCGCCAUUCUCUUCUCGCCGUACGAAUUCCCCGUCACCGGGGCGAAUUUGAAUUACGCCCCUAUCAUCAUGGCCGGUGUGACCAUCUUCGCCCUGAUCUCCUACUGGGUCACCCCGGAAAGCGCCUGGUUGCCGAUCGAUCGGAUCUCGCAUUUCAUCGAUAGUAAAGGGGCGGUGCAGAGCUCGGUGGAGGAGGUCGGGGUGAGUAGUAGUAGUGUUGGUGGUGGUGGUGGUGCUCGGGCGGGUAAUGGCGGUGAACCUUCUUCGGAGACGACGGAGUGAUGCAGUUGUGAGAACUUGGUGGACUCCGCGGCGAUCUGUGUUUCGGUUGCGCGGUGGACGCUUGGGAUGGUUCCCGAUCUGGGGGUCUUGUCCUGGACCCAAAUGCAGGGAAGAGGGGGAGAAAGCAACAAUAAAAAGUUCAUUGAUUUUGAUCGAAAUGAAAGAGAAGGGUGGAAAGAAGAAAGGUAUGGGAUGGUCAGUUUAUAUGUAUAAUUAAUCGUAAAUAUCUAGAUGAUGCAUUAGAAGGCUGCUUGACGUGGG